AGUCUGGGAGGGAGGGAGAGGAAGAGAGAGAAAGGGUCGAGGGAGAGGUAGAGAAAGAGAGAGAGAGGAGUUUAAACUAAGAGCUAUGUUUUGGGACGGAGUAAUCUGCUAGAGAGCAGUGUGCGGAUCGGAGCGCAUUGUGAGAGUGAGUGUGCGGGGGACAGAUAAGGAAAAGAAGCCCGCCAGCCCGGCUGCUUGUUUUAAUGUGCUGACUCUGGGGAGAUAAAAAAAAAAGAAAAAAUAUUGACUCUUCAGUCGUGUGCCGAGAGCCAGGGCACGAGCGCCACAUUUAACAAGAGGUGCACCGCAAAAAAGAAGAAAAAAAGAGAAAAAACAGGGCGCGAGGGCGGACAAAAUACAUCCGCAGCGCAAAACAACACGUUUUAGCGGAUUUUUUUUACCCUCUGUUUUUUCUUCUUUUUUUUAACCUGUUUUCUUUUUUUCCUUUCUUUUUUUCCUCCUUUCCUUUGUCGGGACCAAUUCCCAUUUCCGGUAGAGAGAAAAAAGAGAGAGAAGGGAGACUUCCACUGACGGACGGCCGCAAGAGUGAGUGAACGAGAGGCGAAAAGGGACAAGAGACAACCAAAAAAAAAAAGAGAGAGAAAACAAUCGCAACAAGAAACAAGAUGUUCGAAAUCAGCCGAACACUGAACGCCGCUUUGUUGAGCAAUGAGGGAUCGACAGAGACUCAGUGGCGUCAGGCAGACUUGCCGCAGCUCCAGGGCUGGGCUGACAAAGGACUGCUGACACAGCCAAAGAUGAUAAUCAGCAACAUGGAGCCUCAGGUGACGAAUGGGCCGAAUCCGGCCACAGCCAAUGGUCCCUCGAGCAACAGUCGCAGCUGCCCCUCGCCCAUGCAGACCAGCGGCUCCAAUGAUGACAGCAAGACCAACCUCAUCGUCAACUACCUGCCCCAGAACAUGACCCAGGAGGAGUUCCGCAGCCUCUUCGGUAGCAUUGGAGAAAUCGAGUCCUGCAAGCUGGUCCGCGACAAGAUCACAGGACAGAGCCUUGGAUAUGGUUUUGUCAAUUACAUUGACCCAAAGGACGCAGAGAAAGCCAUCAACACGUUAAAUGGACUCAGACUUCAAACCAAAACUAUCAAGGUGUCAUACGCACGGCCCAGCUCAGCCUCUAUCCGUGAUGCUAACCUGUACGUGAGUGGGCUGCCUAAGACCAUGACCCAGAAAGAGCUGGAGCAGCUCUUUUCCCAGUAUGGACGAAUCAUUACCUCCCGCAUCCUCGUCGACCAGGUCACAGGUGGCUCACGCGGGGUGGGCUUCAUUCGCUUUGAUAAGAGGAUAGAAGCAGAGGAGGCCAUCAAGGGUCUGAAUGGACAGAAGCCCUCCGGAGCAGCAGAACCCAUCACAGUGAAGUUUGCCAACAACCCCAGCCAGAAGACCAGCCAGGCCCUCCUCUCCCAGCUCUACCAGUCCCCCAACCGCCGCUACCCCGGCCCCCUGCACCACCAAGCCCAGAGGUUCAGGCUGGACAAUUUGCUUAAUAUGGCCUAUGGCGUUAAGAGGUUCUCUCCCAUCACCAUAGAUAGCAUGACCAGUCUAGUAGGGAUGAAUAUUCCCGGACACACCGGCACGGGCUGGUGCAUCUUCGUCUACAACCUGUCUCCAGACUCAGACGAGAGCGUCCUGUGGCAGCUCUUUGGGCCAUUCGGCGCCGUCAACAACGUCAAAGUGAUCCGCGACUUCAACACCAACAAGUGCAAGGGGUUCGGUUUUGUCACCAUGACAAACUACGAUGAAGCGGCCAUGGCCAUCGCUAGUCUGAAUGGGUACCGGCUGGGCGACCGCGUAUUGCAGGUGUCCUUCAAGACCAACAAGACCCACAAGUCCUGAACUCCCUCCCCACUCUCGUGUAGCCCCGUAAAAAAAACACCACUACUAACAAACACCCACCUCAGCCCACACAGCUAGCCUACUCCAAACAGGAACACAACCAACCAACAAACCAACUAAAGAGAACUGGAUAUGGCUUAUAAUAUACCUUUGGACCUAUAAGCCAAUGUUGCCUAAGUAUUAGAAAAAUUGAAAAACGGAAAAUAUUAAUGAUUUGGAAGACCUGUAAGUGGUACAGGCAUUCUGUUGUAUAUCCUUUGAGUUCUUGUGGUUGUUUCUUUGUUUUCUCUUCUCUCUGUAAAACAGUAGCAAAACCAGUCCGCCCUUAUUUCAAAGAAGAGAAUGUCCUUCUUUAGAUUGAACUCUCUUGGUCUUGAUUCAGGUUUUCCUUUUGUUCUCUUUUGAAAUCCGGAUCCACUGUCGUUAGUAUAACGCCUCCCUGGGAAGAGAAUGGGAGGGGGCUCUUUUUAAAAAUACAGUCGGUGAUCAUUCAUUCAUUUGUUUUGGUGUAUAUUAUUAAACCCCCCAAGUAAAUUGACAGGGAUGAUGCCAUCCCUUUUCUCUAAUGCAGAAGAAAUUUCUAACAUUGUUUUGUUUUGUACUGCAAACAGAACACAUGUCUUUCCUCACGAGGGAUCGGGAGACAGGGAGAGGGAAGGGAUGGGUUAGCAUUCCUGUUGACGAAAAAAAAAAAAGACAGACACACACACACACACUGUUGCCAAAGAGAAAAUCUCUUUGCUUGAAAAUGCGUUUAGAAAAAAUGAAAAAAUAAAGAGAAAGAAGAUCUAUUUUUAUAAAUAAUGAUUAAAAUAAUAAUUAUUGAAGAAUUUUUACAAGAAUCUGGAUUUGAAAAAAAAGAGAAAAAUAUUUUGACUGGCUAAUUAGGGGUUGGGGGGAGGGGUCAGGUGCCACCUUGUCUUGUUCGUUCUGCCGUGGUACUUUUUAGGAUCAAAGGUUGUUUGUUUUUUGGGGAGAACCAGAUUGGCAAUGGUUUUGUAGACGGAUGGUUUUAUCAAGAGAUGCAAAUUCAGGCAGGUAAUUUUUCAUAGCACGUAAUUGUUCAACAGCGAUACCCAAUAGGAGAGGGAUAGGGGUCUUCCCAGGCCUAACGCAUCCUCGUAGUCAAGAGCCCAAAGAAAGGCCACACAUUGUCCACUCAUUUUCUUUCCAUCAUCAGUCUUUGGGAUAUCGGUAAUGCAUACAUAUACACUUCUCCAUGUAGGAAGCAUAAGUUCCUUUCACUCUGAUUUGGUGAUAUUGCAUUUGAGAUGUACUUCCUUUAGCGAUCAACCGUAGGUGCUAUAUUACAUGGUUCACAUAUCUUAAAUAUCCAAGUUUGUUGUUCUGUGUGUUAUUUAGAGAAAAAAAAACGAAACUUCGGUGUUGGCAUUAAAUUGAGCUGCUGUUUUCAUUUUGUUUCUUUUAAUUGUUGGCCCCCAUCUGGUCCAGAGAAUUCUGUGCCGAGAAAGCCAGAUGAGCAAAAUUCGGGCCUUGUAAGAAUCACUUAACGAGUUUUCUUUGGCUUGCUGACAUAUAGGUUACUUGCUGAGUGUACAGCGUUUGUCAAAAUUCAAUGAUAAUUAGCUAGUUUUGUUAGUCUAGUAUUUGUUUCCUCAAAGGAUCUAUUACAAAUGUGUCUUUCUUUGUUGUGUACAAAUAGAUGAUAUAUAGUCUACAUUUGUUUUACGAUAUCUAUAUCUAUGAGUUGUCACUGUUUUCUGUUCAAGCUUGUCUUUUUUCAUAUGAAAACUUUAUGAAGUGAUGGUUCAGUUACUUAGAAAACUCGUGAGGAAUCCUGUUUAAUAUGUUGUCAUGUCGCUUGUGAAAAAAAAAAAAGAAAAAUUGGAUUCGAUUUUUUUCUUUUUUCCGUUUAUUUAUUUGUUUAUUUUUUUACGUUUACCGCCGCGGCAAAAGAAACCGGACAAAAAAGCUUCUUGAAAAUAUGUAUUUAUUUAUUUAUUUAUUGAUCGACUGAUUGUUUUCAUUGAUUAAAUUAUUUAUUUAUCUUGAUUAUUUAUUUAUUUAUUUGUUUGUUUGUUUGUUGUUAUGUUGUCUGUGUUUUCGUGUGAUUCUGGUACAGGGAGGGGGGUGUUUCUGAGCUAAAGGGAACAAACGACUAGGGGAGACGCUCUUCCAUUAGUCCUGUGCACUGAGAAAUUUUAGUACGUUUGUGCUUUGUACCAAUAUAUCAAAAUUACAAUAUAAAAAAGUUUAAAAGUCAAAAACUAAAAAAAUGUCAAGAGGGUUGGUGAGGCUCUUCCCUUAUUACUAGAAACAGUUACUCGCUAUGCAUAACCUAGUCGAUAGUUAAAUUUGCUAUUGCUUUUUUCUUGUCUUGUUAAACAUAAAUCUUUAAAUCUUUUUCAAUAAAGUUUAGUCUUAAUAGAAUGUUAUAACAGUUGUUCUGGUUCAAUAUAACCUGUGAUAAGUUUGUGUAGUUUUAAAAGCCGCUUCCCGCCCUCCCUCCACACACUACCGUUGCUUUGUGAUCCAACUUUAUGCAAAAAUGUGGGUCUGAGACAUAAUUUCUCAUGGAUUUUUAUGGCAUCCAACAUUUUAGGCUCAGCUGCCUCGAUUUGAUUAUUAUACUGUUUGUCCAUUGUUUUAGUAUGACUCAUUGCAUUGGACCUAUCAGUGGCGAACUCAGUGUAACCAUUUUACCUUGAUUUCGACAAAUUCUACCAUUUGCAUAUGUGACAUCACACAACUCCAAAAAGCAUUGACGCUGAUUGUACUGGUUGAAAUAAAAUAGCUAUAGAAGAUGAUAUUUGAUAGAUGACACCCAUUAUAUAUUUUCUAAGAUAUAGUCUAUUUUGAGAGGUAAAUUUAGUGAAUGGCUCUUUGAGAGUAGGGAAUCAGCUCACGUUGAGAUAGACCUGCUGUGAAUGUUGGAGAUCUUUAACUGCUUAGAUACACGCACUCAUACGCACUCGUCCACCUCUUCAGCUGCACCUCCGCCGUCCGUCCAUCCUCUGCUCCGUCUGCUGGGCGGUAGCACAGCCCUCCUCGAACCCCACCGCAGGUGGCAGUUUGAAUUAUGCAACGACCCCAGUAGAAUGUUGUUCUGAUGUACGAACUAAUUUCCUACAUCACUUCCUCCUCUUCGCUCAUGACAUCACCCUCCGCGAGUCUGAGCGUGACUGAGAGCGUGUGUGUGCAUGUGUGCAUGUGUGUUUGUGUGUGUGUGUGUGUUUGGGGCACGUGGGGUGGGGGGUGAGGGUGUGUGGAACAUGGGGCCAUGCCUCCACGGUACGUGCCCAAAUCGCUGUGGCUCACUUUCUCCCCUUGUAGCGCCUUAUAGUGGCAGCCUGCCAAUAGGAAACCAACAGCCAGUAGUGUAGGAGGGAAGGCCAAGUGAGGAACAAGGCUCUUGUCAUUUUUCAUUUUCUCCUGAAGAUGUGUUUGUUUACUAUCUGAGAAUCUAUAAAUCUUUAAAGACAAAAAAGAUGAAAAAAUGUUCACUGGACCAAGCUGGUCUCUCCUACUUAUGUUAUUACUUAACUAUCAAUUAUUGAUUAUUGUUAUUAUGAUUACUAUUAUUCUUAUUAUCCUUAUUCUUAUUAUUAAUCAAAUUACUGCGAUGAAUGACUUCAUGUUAUCCUUGCUAGUUUAGGUCAUUUCUGAAACUGGAAACAAAAUAUGAAAAAAAUCUUGCUGUAAAUGUUUUUUUCUUUUUCAUAAACUGUUGUGUUUGAAUUAUUUGUACUUUUGAAUGUUGGGACAAUAAAAUGAGGUGUUGAAAGCUG